AUGUCUAUCACUUCAGAGCCUGGGAUGAUCUCUUCAUUUUUAUUAGUAAACCUGUCAGCUUUGCUCAUCUCUGUUGUAUUUGGAGAAGCAGAAAUAAGAUUUGCUGGACAAACAGAAUUUUUUGUUAAUGAAACAAGCACCACAGUUAUUCGUCUUGUCAUUGAGAGGACAGGAGAGCCAGCAAAUAUUACUGCCAUUGUGUCGCUGAAUGGCGAAGACACUGGAGACUUUUUUGACACGUACGCUGCGGCGUUUAUCCCUGCGGGAGGGACAAACAGGACCGUGUACAUAGCAGUAUGUGAUGACGAUCUUCCCGAGCCUGAUGAAACCUUCACUUUUCACCUGACAUUGCAGAAACCCUCAGCAAAUGUGAAACUUGGAUGGCCAAGGACUGCUACUGUGACAAUCCUAUCAAAUGACAAUGCAUUUGGAAUUAUUUCCUUUAGUGCGCCUUCAUCAAUCUCAGUGGCUGAACCAAGGAGCAGAAAUGAAUCUGUGCCCCUUACUCUCAUCAGGGAAAAGGGGACCUAUGGAAUGGUCACUGUGACUUUUGAUGUAUCAGGUGGCCCAAAUCCCCCUGAAGAAGAUUUGAAUCCAGUUAGAGGAAAUAUUACCUUCCCACCUGGCAGGGCCACCGUAAUUCACAACUGGACAAUACUUGAUGAUGAGGUGCCAGAAAAUGAUGAAGUGUUUUUGAUUCAGCUGAAAAGUGUAGAAGGAGGGGCAGAGAUGAACGCCUCGCGGAGUUCGGUUGAAAUCACCGUGAGGAAAAACGACAGUCCUGUGAAGUUCAUCCAGAGUGUCUACUUGAUUCCCGAGGAUGACCACAUCCUCACUAUUCCAGUGCUCCGUGGGAAGGAUAGCGAUGGAAACCUGAUUGGAGCUGAGGAAUCCGAAGUUUCAGUCAGAUAUAAAGUUAUGACCGGGGAUUCAACAGCACAUGCCCAGCAAAAUGUAGACUUCAUCGAUCUUCAACCAGACACCACUCUUACCUUCCCGCCUUUUAUUCAUGAGUUACACUUGAAAUUUCAAAUAAUUGAUGACACCAUACCAGAGAUAGCUGAAUCAUUUCACAUAAUGUUACUAAAGAACACGUUGCAGGGAGAUGCUGUGCUGAUGGGUCCUUCUUCUGUGCAGGUCACCAUUAAGCCAAACGACAAACCUUAUGGAGUUCUUUCAUUCAACAGCAUUUUGUUUGAAAGGCCAGUUAUAAUCGAUGAAGAUAAAGCUUCCAGUUCUAGAUUUGAAGAAAUCACAGUGGUUAGAAAUGGUGGCACCCACGGAGAUGUUUCUGUGAAUUGGGUGCUGACAAGGAACAGCAGUGAUCCCUCACCAGUGACAGCAGAUAUCAGCCCUAGUUCUGGGACUCUCCAGUUUGUACAAGGGCAGAUGUUGGCAUCAAUUCCUCUUACCAUCAUUGACGAUGAUCUUCCAGAAGAGGCUGAAGUUUACCUCCUUAAAAUCUUGCCUCACACGACACAAGGCGGUGCUGAAGUGAGCGAGCCAGCACAGCUUCUGUUCUACAUUCAGGACAGCGACAAUGUUUAUGGAGAAAUCGCCCUGUUUCCCGUGGAAAGCCAGAAGAUUGAAAGCAGUCCGAGUGAACGAUGCUUAUCCUUGAGUUUUACGAGACUGGGGGGCACUAAAGGAGACUUGAAGGUGAUUUAUUCUGCACUCUAUAUUCCCGCUGGAGCUGUGGACCCCUUGCGAGCCAAAGACGGCAUCUUAAAUACAUCCAGGAGAGGCAGCCUCAUUUUCCCAGAACAUAACAAUCAAGUCACUACAAAGUUACCAAUAAGAAAUGAUGCAUUCCUGCAGAACGAGGCCCACUUCCUAGUGCAGUUGGAAGCUGUGGUGUUGGUGAACAUAUUUCCCCCAAUCCCACCAGUAAGUCCCAGAUUUGGGAAAAUCAGAAAUAUUUCUUUGUUGGUUACCCCAGCCAUUGCGAAUGGAGAAAUUGGGUUUCUUAGUAAUCUUCCAAUCAUUUUGCACGAACCCCAAGGUUCUGCUGCUGAGGUGGUAUACAUCCCUCUCCAUCGAGAUGGAACUGAUGGCCAGGCUACUGUCUACUGGAGUUUGAAGCCCUCUGGCUUUAAUUCAAAAGCCGUGACCAUGGAUGACACAGGUCCCUUUAAUGGCUCUGUGGUGUUUUUAUCUGGGCAAAGUGAUACAACAAUCAACAUUACUGUCAAAGGUGAUGACACCCCAGAACUGAAUGAAACUGUCACCCUUUCCUUAGACAGCGUGAGUGUGGACAAUGAAGUCCUGAAAUCGGGAUACACUAGCCGAGACUUAAUUAUUUUGGAAAAUGAUGAUCCUGGAGGUGUUUUUGAAUUUUCUCAUGAUUCUAGAGGACCCUAUGUUAUAAAAGAAGGAGAUGCUGUAGAGCUCCGUAUCACUCGAUCCAGGGGAUCUCUUGUGAAACAGUUCCUGCGCUAUCACAUAGAACCCAGAGAGAGCAAUGAAUUCUACGGAAAUACAGGCGUGCUGGAAUUCACACCUGGGGAGCGAGAUGUAGUGAUCACCUUGCUUUCAAGAUUGGAUGGCAUGCCAGAGGUGGAUGAACACUACAGGGUAGUCCUCAGUAGCCACGGAGAACGGGAAAGCAAGCUGGGACGCGCCACGGUUGUCAAUGUAACGAUUCUGAAAAAUGACCAUCCUCAUGGGAUGAUAGAGUUUGUUUCUGAUGAUUUGACCAUGUCAAUAAAAGAAAGCAAAGGAGAGGACCUCUAUAGUGCUGUUUAUGGUGUAAUACGAACUCGAGGCAACUUUGGUGAUGUUAGUGUAUCAUGGAUGGUUAGUCCAGACUUUACACAAGAUGUAUUUCCUGUGCAAGGAACUGUUGCCUUUGGAGACCAGGAAUCUUCAAAAACUAUCACCGUUUACUCCCUUGCAGAUGAAAUUCCAGAGGAGAUGGAGGAAUUCACCAUCAUCCUGUUUAAUACCACCAGUGGUGCUCAGAUAGGGAACCGAACAAGAGCCUUCCUGAGGAUCCUGAGGAAUGAUGACCCCAUUUAUUUUGCAGAGCCUUGUGUCCUGAGGGUCCAGGAGGGUGAGACUGCCAACUUCACAGUACUCAGAAAUGGGUCUGUGGAUGUAACUUGCACUGUCCAGUAUGCUACCAUGGAUGGAGAGGCUUCGGGAAGAGAGGGAGACUUUGUUCCUGUUGAGAAAGGAGAAACCCUUGUAUUUGAGGUUGGGAGCAGAGAGCAGAGUGUAUCUGUCUAUGUCAAUGAUGACGGAAUCCCUGAAACAGAUGAACCUUUUUAUAUAAUCCUUUUCAAUUCAACAGGUGACACGGUAGUUUAUCAGUUUGGAAUAGCCACAGUCAUCAUCGAAGCCAAUGAUGACCCGAAUGGGGUUUUUUCUCUGGAGCCCGUAGACAAAGCAGUGGAGGAAGGAAAGACGAAUGCAUUUUGGGUUUUGAGGCACCGUGGACACUUUGGCAACGUCUCUGUGGCUUGGCAGCUGUUUCAGAAUGCUUCUCUGCAGUCUGGACAAGAGUUCUAUGAAACGUCAGGGACUGUUAACUUCAUAGAUGGAGAAGCAUCAAAACCAGUAAUUCUCCAUGCUUUCCCAGAUGGAAUUCCUGAAUUCAAUGAAUUUUAUACUCUAAAGCUUGUAAAUAUUUCAGGUUCUGGAGGUCAGCUAGCAGAAACCAACCUUCAGGUGACAGUCAUGAUUCCAUUCAAUGAUGAUCCAUUUGGAAUUUUCGUCUUAGAUCCAGAGUGUCUAGACAGAGAAGUAGCAGAAGAUGUCCUUUCAGAAGAUGAUAUAUCUUAUAUUACCAACUUUACCGUUUUGAGACAACAGGGUGUCUUCGGCGAUGUGCGGGUUGGCUGGGAGGUUCUGUCCAGAGAGUUCACUGCCGGUUUGCCACCAAUGAUCGACUUUUUGCUGGUAGGAAUUUUCCCUGCUGCUGUGCAUUUGCAGCCACAUAUGCGACGUCACCAGAGUGGAACAGAUGUCUGGUACUUCAGCGGACAAGAAGGUGCAUUUGGGACUGUCGACCCAAAGUACCACCCUUCCAGGGAUAGCACAAUUGCCAACUUUACAUUUUCAGCUUGGGUAAUGCCUAAUGCCAAUACAAAUGGAUUUCUCAUAGCGAAGGAUGAUGGCAAUGGAGGUAUCUAUUAUGGGGUAAAAAUUAAAACAAAUGAAUCCCAUGUGACCCUUUCCCUUCACUAUAAAACUUUUGGAUCAAAUGUCACAUAUAUUGCCAAGACCACAGUCAUGAAAUAUUUAGAAGAAGGUGUUUGGCUUCAUGUUUUAAUUAUCCUAGAUGAUGGCAUAAUUGAAUUCUAUCUGGAUGGAAGUGCAAUGCCUAGAGGAAUCAAGAGUCUCAAAGGAGAAGCCAUCACUGAUGGUCCUGGAAUACUGAGAAUUGGGGCGGGGAUGAACGGGAGUGACCGAUUCACAGGCUGGAUGCAGGAUGUGCGGGCCUAUGAGCGGAAACUGACUACCCAAGAGAUGUAUGAACUCCAUGCUAUGCCAGCAAGGAAUGAUCUACACCCCAUUUCUGGGUACCUGGAGUUCAGACAAGGAGAAAACAACAAGUCAUUCAUUGUUUCUGCAAGAGAUGACAAGGAAGAGGAAGGAGAGGAGCUAUUUCAUCUGAAACUGGUCUCUGUCUGUGGAGGGGCUCAGAUUUCAGAGGUAGACACGACAGCUAGACUGAGAGUCCAGAAAAGUGACAAUUCCAACGGCCUGUUUGGUUUCACGGGAGCUUGCAUACCAGAGAUUACAGAGGAGGGGUCCACCAUUUCCUGUGUGGUAGAGCGAACAAGGGGAGCUUUGGAUUAUGUUCAUGUUUCCUACACCAUCUCACAGAUCGAAUCGGAAGGCAUCAAUUACCUCAUCGAUGAUUUUGCUAAUGCCAGUGGCACCAUUACCUUCCUGCCUUGGCAGAGGUCUGAGGUCCUAAAUCUAUACAUUCUUGAUGACGACGUUCCUGAGCUUACUGAGUAUUUUCGGGUGACGUUGGUUUCUGCGAUUCCAGGAGAUGGAAAACUUGGUUCAGCUCCCAGCAGUGGUGCCAGCAUCGACCCCGAGAAGGAAAGCACAGACAUCGCCAUCACAGCCAGCGAUCACCCUUAUGGCUUGCUGCAGUUCUCCACAGGGCAGCCUCCUCAGCCUGAAGAUGCAAUGACUCUGCCUGCUAGUAGCAUGCCACACCUCACAGUGCAGGAGGAGGACGGAGAAACCCGUUUACUGAUAGUUCGUGCACAAGGACUCCUUGGCAGGGUUUCUGUGGAAUUUAGGACAGUGUCCUUGACAGCAUUUAGUCCCGAAGACUACCAGAGUAUUGCUGGCACAGUAGAAUUUCAACCAGGAGAAAGAUAUAAAUAUAUUUAUGUCAACAUCACUGAUAAUUCUGUCCCUGAACUGGAAAAAUCUUUUAAAGUUGAGUUGUUAAACUUGGAUGGAGGAGUGUCGGAACUCUUUAGGGUGGAAGGCAGUGGUAGUGGAGAAGGUGACGCGGAUUUCUUCUUCUCGCCUAUUCGUGCACGUGCCAGUCUAGGAGUGGCUUCCCAGAUUCUGGUGACCAUCGCUGCCUCCGACCAUGCUCAUGGGGUGUUUGAAUUCAGCCCUGAGUCACUCCUUGUCAGUGGAACUGAACCAGAGGAUGGGUUCAGUACUGUAGUAUUAAAUGUUACUCGGACUCAGGGAGCUCUGUCGCAUGUGACUUUGCAUUGGAACAUAGACUCUGACCUGGAUGGGGAUCUUGCGGUCACCUCUGGCAACAUCACAUUUGAGAUUGGGCAGAGGACUGCCUGCAUCACUGUGGAGAUAUUGCCAGAUGAAGAGCCAGAGCUAGACAAGGCGCUCACUGUGUCGAUCCUCAGCGUCUCCAGUGGCUCACUGGGAGCCCUUACUAAUGCCACAUUGACAAUUUUGGCUAGUGACGAUCCUUAUGGGCUGUUCAUUUUUUCUAACAAAACUAGACCUAUUACUGUUGAAGAAGCAACUUACAAUGUCACAUUAUCGAUAAUAAGGUUGAAAGGCCUCAUGGGAGAAGUUGUAAUCUCAUAUGCAACUAUAGAUGAUAUGGAAAAACCACCUUAUUUUCCACCUAACUUGGCUAGAGCAAGUCAAGGAGGAGACUAUAUAUCAGCAUCCGGAUUGGCUCUUUUCAGAGCUAAUCAGACUGAGGCAACAAUAACUAUUUCAAUCCUGGAUGAUGAUGAACCAGAACGGUCAGAAUCUGUGUUCAUUGAGCUAGUCAAUUCUACUUUAGUAGAGAGAGUGCAGAAUCGCCCAAUCCCGCACUCCCCACGCCUGGGGCCUAAGGUGGAAACGGUGGCCCACCUCAUUAUUGUUGCCAACGAUGAUGCGUUCGGAACAGUGCAGCUGUCAGCACCAAGUGUCCGUGUAGCAGAAACUCAUGUUGGACCCAUUAUCAACGUGACUCGAACGGGAGGGGCAUUUGCAGAUGUCUCUGUUAAGUUUAAAGCUGUGCCAAUAACUGCCGCCGCUGGUGAAGAUUAUAGUAUAGCUUCAUCAGAUGUGGUCUUGCUGGAAGGGGAAACCAGUAAAGCAGUGCCAAUAUACAUCAUUGAUGACAUCUACCCCGAGCUGGAGGAAUCGUUUCUUGUGCAACUGCUGAAUGAGACAACAGGAGGCGCUCAACUGGGGACUUUAAUGGAGGCGGUUAUUACUAUAGCGGCUUCUGAUGACCCCUAUGGAUUGUUUGGUUUUCAGAAUACUAAAUUUAUUGUAGAGGAACCUGAGUUUAACUCAGUGAGGGUAAGCCUGUCAGUAAUUCGAAAUUCUGGGACACUCGGCAAUGUUACUGUUCAGUGGGUUGCCACCAUUAAUGGACAACUUGCUACUGGCGACCUGCGAGUUGUCUCAGGUAAUGUGACCUUUGCCCCUGGGGAAACCAUUCAAACCUUGUUGUUAGAGGUCCUGGCAGACGACGUUCCGGAGACUGAAGAGGUUAUCCAAGUGCAGCUAACUGGUGCAUCUGGUGGAGGUACAAUUGGGUUAGAUCGAGUGGCAAAUAUUGUUAUUCCUGCCAAUGAUGACCCUUAUGGUUCAGUAGCCUUUGUUCAGUCGGUUUACCGUGUCCAUGAACCUCUGGAAAGAAGUUCUUACGCUAACAUAACUGUCAGGAGAAGCGGAGGAUGCUUUGGCCAUCUCCUGUUGUUCUACAGUACUUCUGAUAUUGAUGUAGUGGCUCUUGCCAUUGAGGAAGGUGAAGAUGUGUUGUCCUACUACGAAUCGCCAACUCAAGGGAUGCCUGAACCCCUCUGGAGAACUUGGCUGAAUGUCUCUUCACUGGAGGAGGCACAGGACACCUGUGCCACUCUGUGUCUCAAAGAACAUGCUUGUUCAGCGUUUUCAGUUGUCAGUGCGACUGACGGUCCUCAGUGCUUUUGGAUGACAUCGUGGGUCAGCUUAACUGUGAACAGCUCAGACUUCUGGACCUACAAGAAGAACAUGACCAGGGUGGCCUCUCUUUUUAGUACCCAGGCAGUGGCUGGUAGUGACUAUGAGCCUCUGACAAGGCAGUGGGCCCUGAUGCUUGAAGGUGAUGAGUUUGCAAAUCUCACGGUUACUGUACUUCCUGAUGAUGUUCCAGAGAAGGACGAAAGUUUCCUAAUUUCUCUCCUUGAAGUUCACCUCAUGAACAUCACAGACAGUUUUAAAAACCAACCAACCAUAGGGCAGCCAAAUACUUCAGCAGUGGUCAUAGCACUGAACGGUGAUGCCUUUGGAAUCUUCAUUAUCUAUGGUGUCAGUCCCAAUACCUCGGAAGACGGCUUGCAUGUGGAAGUGCAGGAGCAGCCGCAAACCUCUGUGGACCUGGUCAUCCACAGGACAGGAGGCAGCUUGGGGCAGGUGACUGUUGAAUGGCGUGUUGUUGGUGGAACAGCUACUGAAGGUCUAGAUUUUAUAGGUGCUGGAGACGUUCUUACUUUUGCAGAAGGUGAAACCAAAAAGACCGCUGUUUUAACAAUUUUGGAUGACCCUGAGCCAGAAGAUGACGAAAGUCUCCUCGUUCGUUUGGUGCACACAGAAGGUGGAAGCAGAAUUCUGCCCAGCUCUGACACUGUGACAGUAAACAUCUUGGCCAAUGACAAUGUGGCAGGGAUUGUCAGCUUUCAGACGGCCUCGAGGUCUGUCAUAGGCCACGAAGGAGAAAUUUUGCAGUUCCAUGUGAUCAGAACACCUCCUGGUCGAGGAAAUGUCACUGUUGACUGGAAAAUUGUUGGACAAAAUCUAGAAGUCAAUUUUGCUAACUUUACAGGCCAACUCUUCUUCUCUGAGGGGACAUUGAAUAAAACAGUAUUUGUACACUUGUUGGAUGACAAUAUUCCUGAGGAGAAAGAAGUUUACCAUGUCGUUCUGUAUGAUGUCAAGACACAAGGAGUCUUGCCAGCGGGAGCCGCUCUGCUUGACAGCCAGGGAUACGCGGCCGUACUGACAGUAGAAGCCAGUGAUGAGCCUCAUGGCGUUUUAAACUUUGCUCUUUCCUCAAGAUUUGUUUUACUGCAGGAGGCUAAUGUAACAAUUCAACUGUUCAUCAACAGAGAGUUUGGAUCUCUAGGAGCUAUCAAUGUCACAUACGCCACGGUUCCUGGACUAGUGAGUCUGAGAAAUGAAACAGAAGGAAUGCCAGCAGAGCCAGAGGCUGACUUUGUCCCUGUGACAGGCUUUCUAGUUUUAGAAGAAGGGGAGACAACAGCAGCCAUCAACAUCACCAUUCUUGAGGAUGAUAUACCGGAGCUAAAGGAGUAUUUCUUGGUGAAUUUAACUCAUGUUGAUCUCAUUAUGGCUCCUCUAACUUCAUUUCCUCCCCGACUAGACUUGGAAGGCUUGACUGCACAGAUUAUCAUUGAUGCCAAUGAUGGUGCCCAAGGUGUAAUUGAAUGGCAGCAUAACAGAUUUGAAGUGAAUGAAACCCAUGGCAUUGUAACAUUGGUAGCCCAGAGGAGCAGAGAGGUCCUCGGCCAGGUUUCCUUGUUCAUGUAUGCCCAGAAUCUAGAGGCUCAAAUGGGGCUGGAUUACAUUUGCACUCCACAGAUUCUUCAUUUUGCUGAUGGAGAAAGGUAUAAACAUGUGGAUGUUGUGAUUCUGGAUGAUGAUAUUCCAGAAGGAGAUGAAAAAUUUCAGUUGAUAUUGACAAAUCCUUCUCCUGGACUAGAGCUGGGGAAGCAUACAACAGCUUUGAUUACUGUCCUUGCAAAUGACGAUGGCCCUGGAGUUCUGUCCUUUAACAACAGUGGGCACAUUUUCCUCAGAGAACCAACAUCUCUCCACAUGCAGGAGAGUGUUGCAGUGUUAAUCAUCAUUCGGGAGCCUGCACAAGGCCUGUUUGGAACGGUGGCGGUUCAGUUCCUUGUGACAGAAGUCAACUCUUCAACACAGUCUAAGGACCUGACUCCUUCCAAAGGCUUUGUCGUUCUAGAGGGGGGUGUUCGAGCCAAGGCCCUGCACAUCUCAGCCAUACUAGACACAGAACCAGAAAUGGAUGAGCAUUUUGUCUGCACCCUGUUUAAUCCAACUGGAGGUGCUAGACUAGGGACCCAUGUUCAAACCCUGAUAACAAUUUUACAAAACCAGGCCCCUUUGGGACUAUUUAGUAUCUCUGCCCUUGAAAAUAGUGCUACCUCUAUAGAUGUUGAAGAAUUCAACAGGAGUGUAUACCUCAAUGUUUCACGAACAAAUGGCCUUGAUUUAGCUGUGAGUGUGCAGUGGGAGACAGUGUCUGAGACAGCUUUUGGCAUGAGGGGAGUGGAUCUUGUCUUUUCUGUAUUUCAAAGCUUUUUCGACCAGACAGCAUCUGGCUGGUGUUUCUUUACUGUUGAAGAUUCAGUUUAUGGUGUGAUGUUAAGAAAAGCAUCGUUAGUUGUUUACCGAUGGCAAGGGACUUUCAUUCCAGUUGAGGAUUUAAAUAUCAAAAAUCCUGAAACUUGCAAGGCCUUUAAUAUUGGUGUUUCCCCUUAUCUUGUCAUUACUCAUGGGGGGAAAAAUGGAGAAAAGCCUUCCAUUAACAGUGUGUACACGCUCACUUCUGGAUUCAAAUUACUCCUGGUUCAGACAAUUAUUAUUUCAGGAAGUUGUCAAGUACAACAUUUCACCUCAGACAAUCAAGAUUAUUUCAUCAUUGCAAGUCAAAGAAAUGAUUCUGAGUUAACUCAGGUCUUCAGAUGGAAUGGAAGCAUCUUUGCCUUACACCAGACAUUGCCUGUCCAAGGUGUACUGGGCAUGGCCUUGUUCAUCAGAGGAGGCUCUGUCUUCUUAGCCAUUUCCCAGGCUAAUGUCAAACGAAAUGCCCUUUUAUUCUCAUGGUCUGGUAGUCAGUUUACUAACUUUCAAGAAGUGUCCAUCAGUGGAAUAACACAAGUGGAGGCUUUGUCUUCGGGCGAUGAUGUUUACUUAUUUUUUGCCAAAAAUACCUUUCUAGGAAAUCAAAAUUCAAUUGACAUUUUCACCUGGGAGAUGGGGAAGUCAUCUUUCAGAUAUUUCCAAUCCCUGGACUUUGCUACUGUUAACAGAAUCCGUUCCUUCACACCAGCUUCUGGAAUAGUCCAUGUGCUUCUACCUGGCCAGCAACAGUCAGCUCUUUACUGCUGGGAUUCAGAGCAGAAUGAGUUCUCUUUUGUUCUGGAAGCACCUGCUGCUCACGAUGCAGCUUUUGUUACAGUGAAGUCCCUUAAUUCAAGCAAAACUUUAAUUGCUUUAGUGGGAGCUACUCACUCGCAUUUCUAUGAGCUGUCUUACAUCUCCAGCCAGUCUGACUUUAUUCCUAGUUUAGGUGAGCUGAUAUUUGAACCUGGUGACAGGGAAGCAAUCAUAGCCGUAAACAUCCUUGAUGACACAGUUCCAGAGAAAGAAGAAUCCUUCAGAGUUCAACUUCAGAAUCCAAAAGGAGGAGCCGAGAUUGGUGUCAGUAGUUCAGUGAGAGUCAACAUUCUAUCUAAUGACAAUGCCUAUGGAGUGAUAGCAUUUGCCCAGAAUUCAUUGCAUAAGCAAGUGGAAGAAAUGGAGCGAGAUAGCCUGGUAACCUUGAAUGUUGAACGCUUAAAAGGAACACAUGGUCGCAUAACUGUAGCAUGGGAAGCAGCUGGAAGUACCAGUGAUGUAUUUCCUACCUCAGGAAUGAUUUCAUUCACAGAGGACCAGGCACUGUCCACUAUUACUCUGACUGUUCUUGCGGAUGAUCUGCCGGAGUUAUCUGAGGUCGUGAUUGUGAGACUCACUCAGAUUGUCACCGAAGGGGUUGAAGAUCCGUCAAAAGCUGCUACUGUUGAUGAGAACAGAAGCAAGUCCGUGCUAACCAUCCUGCCCAGUGACUCGCCCUAUGGCGUGGUUGGCUGGCAUACUGAUUCUCUCUUCACCAGAGUGCCAGAGCCCACAGAGAACAUCACUAUUCUUCAGUUGCAUAUUGUUCGAGACAGAGGACUCUUUGGGGACAUUUCCAUUCAUUUGAUAGCAAAACCCAAUUUCUUACUGCACAUCAAUAAUCAAGCUACUGAGAAUGAAGAUUAUGUGUUGCAAGAUGCAGUAAUAACAAUGAAAGAAAACAUAAAAGAAACUUAUGCUGAAGUUGCCAUUUUGCCAGAUGAGGCUGCGGAACUUGAGGAAGGACUCAUUGUUACCAUCACUGCUGUGAGCCUGGUGAACCCCGACUUCCCUGCAGAGCAGCCACGUGUGCGGAGGCCAAGGAUGGAAAUAGCAGAGAUAAUGAUCGAAGAAAACGAUGAUCCCAGAGGGAUUUUCAAGUUUCAUGUUACCAGAGAUGAUGGUGGAGUGAUUACUGCUCAUGAGCUGUCUCCUCCCUUGAACAUUCUUCAAGUUCCUGUCAUUCGGCUGGCUGGAAGCUUUGAGACAGUACAUGUUUAUUGGAAAGCAACGCCAGACAGUGCUGGUCUGGAAGACUUUCAGCCAUCUCACGGGACUCUCCAAUUUGCUGAUGGACAAGUCACUGCACUGAUAGAAAUAACUAUAAUUGAUGACGGUGAAUUUGAACUCAUGGAGACAUUCAGCAUCUGCUUGAAGAGUGUGGCUGGUGGUGGCAGACUAGGUGAUGAUGCUGUGGUGACUGUUGUCAUACCCCCAAACGAUUCUCCAUUUGGAAUAUUUGGAUUUGAAGAGAAGACUGUAAUGGUUGAUGAAUCCCUUUUGUCUGAUGACCCUGAUUCAUAUGUGACAUUGACAGUCGUCCGGUCCCCAGGAGGUAAAGGAGCUGUCCUACUUCAUUGGGCUAUAGAAGAGAAGGCCAAAGAUGAUCUCAGUCCUUUGAAUGGGACACUUCAUUUUGACGAGACUGAAUUCCAAAAGACCGUGACAUUGCAUACACUUCAGGACAGCAUCCUGGGGGAGGAUAGAUGCUUCACUAUUGAGCUGAGAGCAGCUGAUGAAAUAGAGAUAUCUCCAAUGAAAGGUAGUGCAUCAAUAAUCAUUCGAGGAGAUAAGGGUGCAUCAGAAGUUGGGAUUGCUUCAUCAUCUAGACACAUCAUUAUUGGGGAACCCUCAGCAACAUAUAAUGGCACUGGCAUCAUCAGCCUUGUUCGUGGCCCAGGGGUCUCAGGGGAGAUCACGGUGUCCUGGAGGAUAUUUCCUCCUUCCGUGGGGGAGUUUGUUGAAACAUCAGGACAACUGACAAUUCAGGAUGGACAGUCUGAAGCUACUGUAGUAAUUCAGGCUUUGGAUGAUGACACCCCUGAGGAGAAGUGUACCUAUGAGUUCCAGCUCACUGGAAUCAGUGAGGGUGGCGUGCUGAAUGAAGCCACUAUCACCGCCGGCAUCACCAUGGUGGCCAGUGAUGGCCCCUAUGGGCGGUUCUCAUUUUCACAGGAGCAGCUUCGAGUCUCAGAAGCAGCACAGAGGGUUAAUGUCACAGUUGUCCGCUCAGGUGGCUCUUUUGGACGUGUGCGAGUCUUGUGUGGGACUGAUAGCAGAACGGCCGAGGCAGGCUGGGACUUUGUCCCCAUAUCAGGGGAGCUCCUCUUUGAAGCCAGAGAGAGGGCGAGAAGUCUGCAUGUUGAAAUCCUUGAUGACAAUCUUCCUGAAGGCCCCGAGGAAUUUGCUCUUGCCAUUACAAAAGUGGACCUCCAGGGAAGAGGGUAUGAUUUCACUAUCCAAGAGAAUGGACUUCAGAUAGAUCAACCUCCUGAAAUUGGAAACAUCUCAAUUGUUCAAAUCAUAAUAAUGAAAAAUGAUAAUGCAGAGGGCAUCAUUGAAUUUGAUCCAAAGUACACUGCCAUCUCAGUGGAGGAAGAUGUCCACAUGAUCACAAUCCCGGUGUUGAGGCUUCGCGGAACUUAUGGACAUGUGUCAGCUGAUUUCAGGUCCCAGGGUUACUCUGCUGUUCCAGGAGGCUAUGUCUUGCACGGUAGCUCAGUCACCUUUCAGCAUGGGCAGAAUCUGAGCUUUAUAAAUGUCUCCAUCGCCGAUGACAAUGACAGGGAAUUUGAGGAGCAGUUUGAAAUUCUGCUUUCUGGAGUGACUGGUGGAGCAGUCCUUGGGCACCACCUAGUGAGCAAAAUCACAAUUACCGAAAGGGACUCUCCAUCUGGCGUCGUAAGAUUCCUCAACCAAAGCAAACUUUCUAUUCCUAACCCCAGCUCCACAAUGGUUUUACAUUUGGUUCUGGAGCGGACUGGAGGACUCUUGGGAGAGAUUCAGGUAAGCUGGGAGAUCCUAGGGCCCACUUCUCAGGAAGCCUUACCACCGCAGAAUGGAGACAUUGAGGACCCUGUGAGUGGCGUAGUCUAUUUUGGAGAGGGAGAAGGCGGGGUCAGAACCAUCAUUCUUACCAUUUGUCCUCACGAGGAAACUGAAGUUGAAGAGACUUUCAUUGUUCAGCUGAAGCCUUCAAAAGACGCUAAGUUAGACCCCAGAGCAAAAGCUGUUGCAAUAACAGUACAAAAGUUUGGUGAUCCGAACGGAGUCGUUCAGUUUGCUCCAGAGUCUUUAUCUAAGAAGACGUAUUCAGAGCCACCACUAUCAGAUGGACCCACACUCAUUUCCUUCCAUGUCACAAGAGCCAGAGGCAGGUCUGGAGAGAUCACGGUGCACUGGGAGCUCAGCAGUGAGUUUGAUAUCACUGGAGACUUUCUUUUCACCAGUGGAUUUUUCCCCAUUGCUGAUGGGGAGAGUGAAGCAAGCUUUGAUGUCCAUUUGCUGCCAGAUGAUAUACCUGAGAUGCAGGAAGAAUAUGCUGUGCGGCUUGUUUCUGUAGAGGGAGGUGCAGAGCUGGACCUGGAAAAAUGCACCGCCUUGUUCUCUGUGUCUGCAAAUGACGACCCGCAUGGUGUAUUGGCCCUGUAUUCAGAUCAUCAGUCGGUACUGAUCGGGCAGAGCCUCAUUAGGUCCAUCCAGAUGAACGUCACCCGCCUUGCUGGAACGUUUGGUGAUGUGGCUGUUAGAUUUCAAAUACUGUCUGAUAAUAAAGAAGACCCCAUUGCUUCUGAAAACGAAGAGAGACAGCUGGUGAUCAAAGAUGGCACCAGAUAUAAAGUAGACUUGGUGCCUUUGAAGAAUCAGCUCUCCACGUUAUCCCUCCGGCCUGCUGUCCUCCUUUUCCAGCUCUCAGACACCAUCAAGUUGGCACCCAUCGACUACAAUAGCUUCGCGCAUAUGGAAGAUGUUGUGUCUAGGCGCGCUGUGCCCUUUCAUCAUCUGGAGACGGACUCUUCUGGUCGGGGACGCUAUCUGGCCGGGCUCUACUCGGACUUGGCGGCGAUUUUACCUUGGCGUCUCCCUUUCCCCACACGCGCCACAAGUCGUUCCCUUUGUGAAUUUAGCCUCCGACCCGCCGCUGUAAGUACUAAAUUGGGCCACGCCAAUGGCUAUGAAACGUGCUGUGGAGUCGCUUUAGAAAAUCACAUGUCCAGCCUCGGUCUGAGGGCUUUUGCCCUGUAUCUUGUUUUGUCCUGGAGUGACCUCCACAACGGCAUCAUAGGCUUCAGUGAGGAAUCCCAAAGAGGUCUGGAACUGAGGGAAGGAGCUGGUAAGAGCAGACAGCACCUGGUUAUCACAAGGCAGCCAAACAGGGCCUUUGAAGAUGUCCAGGUCUUUUGGCGAGUCACACUUAACCAAACAGCCACCAUUCUCCAGAAAGAGGGGCUAAACCUAACAGAUGAGCUCCGGUUUGUGGCAGGGGUCACAACUUGCAGAGUGGGUCAAACAAGAUGCUUUAUCCACCUUGAGCUCAAUCCGGAGAAGGUGCCUCAAGUUGAAGUGCAGUUUUUUGUGGAGCUGUAUGAUGUCACUGCUGGGGCAGCUAUAAACAACAGUGCCAGAUUUGCUCAGAUUAAAGUUUCCAAGACUGACACACCUCAGAGUCUCCUCUCCUUCUCUGUGGGUUCUCGGCUGGCAGUGGCUCAUAAGAAGGCUACUUUGAUCAGUUUGCAGGUAGCCAGAGACUCUGGGACAGGAAUGAUGAUGUCUGUCAACUUUAGUACCCAGGAGUUGAGGAGUGCUGAAACAGUUGGUCGUGUUCGCAUAUCUCCUGCUGUUUCUGGAAAGGAUUUUGUGAGAACAGAAGGCACACUGGUGUUUGAACCUGGCCAGAGAAGUGCUGUGCUGGAUGUUGUCUUAACACCGGAGAGCGCAUCUUUCAAUGCAUUUCCAAAACGCUUCCAGAUUGUGCUUUUUGACCCAAAAGGUGGUGCCAGAAUUGAUAAAGUGUAUGGGACUGCCAAUGUCACUCUUGUCUCUGAUGUGGAUUCACAAGCUAUCUGGGGGCUUGCAGACCAGCUCCAUCAGCCCCUCCAUGAGGAUGUUCUCAACAGAGUGCUGCACAACCUCAACAUGAGAGUCGCCACAGAGAGCACGGAUGAGCAGCUCAGUGCUGUGAUGCAUGUGAUACAAAAGAUAACGAUGGAAGGAAAAAAUCAGGUUUUCAGUAUCAAAAGCCGCACGCUUCUGUAUGAACUCCUUUGUGCCCUCAUUAACCCCAGACGCAGCGACACUCGGGGAUUCAGCCACUUUGUGGAGGUGACAGAGCGCUUUGCCUUUUCUCUGCUGACUGAUGUUACCUGUGGGUCUCCUGGUGAAAAAAGCAAAACCAUCCUUGACAGCUGCCCAUACUUGUCCAUCCUGGCCCUUUCCUGGUAUCCUCAGCAAAUCAAUGGACACACGUUCAAAGGAAAGGAUGGUGAUUACAUUCAAAUUCCAGAGAGGUUAUUGGACAUUCCUGAUGCAGAAGUGCUGGAUGGGAAAGGAGCAUGCACACUGGUCCAGUUUGUGGAGUAUGGCAGUCAGCAGUGGUUCCUGGCAGGAAACAACCUUCCUGCCCUGAAGGACAAGGUGUUGUCCCUGAGUGUGAAAGGUCAGAGUGCACAACCCCUGCCUAACAACAAUGAGGUUCUCUACAGGAUUUAUGCAGCUGAGCCUAGAAUUGUUCCCCAUACAUCUCUCUGUCUCUUCUGGAAUCAGGCCACGGCCAGCUGGUUGUCUGACAGCCAGUUUUGCAAAGUGGUUGAAGAUACUUCGGACUAUGUGGAAUGUGCCUGUUCACACUUGUCUGUGUAUGCUGUCUACGCCCAGACUGACAACUUGUCAUCAUACAAUGAAGCUUUUUUCUCUUCUGGUUUUAUAUGCAUUUCAGGUCUUUGCUUGGCUGUGGUUUCACACAUGUUCUGUGACAGAUACUCGAUGUUUGCAGCUAAACUUCUGACUCACAUGAUGGCAGCCAGCUUAGGAACACAGAUUGUGUUCCUGGCUUCUGCAUACACAAGUCCCCAGCUCAGCGAGGAGAGCUGUUCUGCUGUGGCUGCUGUGGCACAUUACCUGUACCUGUGCCAGUUUAGCUGGAUGCUUAUUCAGUCUGUGAACUUCUGGUACGUGCUGGUGAUGAGUGAUGAACACACCGAGAGGCGAUACCUGCUCUUUUGCCUUCUGAGCUGGGGGCUGCCAUCUUUCCUGGUGAUUCUCCUCAUAGUUAUCCUGAGAGGAAUCUAUCAUCAGAACAUGCCACAGAUCUAUGGACUCAUUCAUGGUGACUUAUGCUUCAUUCCAAACAUCUAUGCUGCUCUGUUCAUGGCUGCUCUCGUUCCUCUUAUGUGCCUCGUGGUGGUGUUUGUGGUGUUCAUUCACGCCUAUCAGCUGAAGCCACAGUGGAAAGGUUAUGACGAUGUCUUCAGAGGACGUACAAAUGCAACAGAAAUCCCUCUGAUUUUAUACCUCUUUGCCCUGGUUUCUGUGACAUGGCUCUGGGGAGGCCUGCAUCUGGCCUACCGACACUUCUGGAUGUUGGUUCUUUUUGUCAUUUUCAAUAGUCUGCAGGGUCUUUAUGUUUUUGUGGUUUAUUUCAUUUUACACAACCAAGCAUGUUGCCCUAUGAAGGCCAGCUACACGGUGGAGAUGAACGGCCACCCAGGACCCAGCACAGCCUUCUUCACUCCUGGGAGUGGAAUGCCUCCAUCUGGAGAGAUUCACAAAUCGACCCAGAACCUCAUCAACGCUAUGGAAGAGGUGCCAUCUGACUGGGAGAGAGCAUCCUUCCAACAGACCAACCAGGCAAGCCCUGAUUUGAAGACAAGUCCCCAGAAUGGCGCCUCAUUCCCUUCCUCUGGAGGAUAUGGCCAGGGGUCCCUGAUAGCAGAUGAAGAGUCCCAGGAGUUUGAUGACUUGAUAUUUGCAUUAAAAACUGGUGCUGGUCUCAGUGUCAGCGACAACGAAUCUGGUCAAGGCAGCCAGGAGGGAGGUACCUUGACCGACUCCCAGAUUGUGGAGCUCAGGAGGAUACCCAUUGCUGACACACACCUCUGAGAGCCUCACUAGCACUAACCAUCAGAAAGAGGAUCAUAUACCUGUUUGCCUUGGCUUCUGAGCUAAACUCUGUAAGCACUCACAGCUGUGUAGUAGUGGUGUGUCAGUCACACGGAAUGACUAACCCAGAAGUGAUUGUUAUGGUUGGAAUAUACAUUGCUUAGUAUUUGUGAAACUUAAGAAGACUGUUAUGAUAAAAGAUCAGAGCAUUCCUGUAAGUUACAAGGAUGCACAUAGUCCAAAACUAUUAGUUGUUUCUUAUUCAUCGUA